AUGGCGCGGCCGGACGAUGACGAGGGGGCGGCGGGGGCGCCCGCGAAUGGCUACUUCCCGGUGCCUGGGCGCGAGGAGCCGCAGGGCGGGCCGGUCGCCGGCUGCCGGGCCCUGAACGGGGGCCCCCGGGCCGGGCCGCAGACCCCGUCGGCCCCCGGCGAGGAGACCCGGGCCCGGCUGCUGCCCGAGGGCCCCGGGGAGGAGGCGGAGGGCGCCCGGGAGCCGCGCACGGCGCUGUCGGCGCGGCGCUUCGCGGUGCUGCUCAUCUUCAGCCUGUACUCGCUGGUGAACGCCUUCCAGUGGAUCCAGUACAGCAUCAUCAGCAACGUGUUCGAGGGCUUCUACGGCGUCUCCUCGCUGCACAUCGACUGGCUGUCCGUGGUGUACAUGCUGGCCUACGUGCCCCUCAUCCUCCCGGCCACCUGGCUGCUGUCCACCCGCGGCCUGCGGCUCAGCGCCCUGCUGGGCUCCGGCCUCAAUUGCCUGGGCGCCUGGGUCAAGUGCGGCAGCGUGCAGCCGCACCUCUUCUGGGUCACCAUGCUGGGCCAGUGCCUGUGCUCCGUGGCCCAGGUGUUCAUCCUGGGCCUGCCCUCCCGCAUCGCCUCGGUGUGGUUCGGGCCCAAGGAGGUGUCCACAGCUUGUGCCACCGCCGUGUUGGGCAAUCAGCUUGGAACUGCCAUUGGCUUUUUGCUGCCACCGAUUUUGGUGCCCAACACACAGAACGACACAUAUCUCCUGGCUUGUAACAUCAGCAACAUGUUUUACGGGACAUCCGCGGUCUCCACCCUUUUAUUUCUUUUAACAGUCAUCGCAUUCAAGGAGAAACCACGGUACCCCCCUAGUCAGGCCCAGGCGGCUCUACAAGACAGCCCCCCCGAAGCAUACUCCUACAAGCAGUCGAUGAGGAACCUGUUCAGAAACAUUCCUUUCCUCCUGCUGCUGAUCUCCUAUGGUAUCAUGACUGGCGCCUUCUACUCGGUGUCCACACUGUUGAACCAGAUGAUCCUGACAGACUAUGAGGGAGAAGAGGUGAACGCUGGGAGGAUCGGGUUGACCCUGGUGGUUGCCGGGAUGGUGGGCUCCAUCCUUUGCGGCUUGUGGCUGGACUACACCAAAACAUACAAGCAGACCACGCUGACCGUGUAUGUCCUGUCCUUCGUGGGGAUGCUCGUGUUCACCUUCACACUGAACCUGGGAAACAUCUUCCUCGUGUUUAUUACCGGAGGGGUGCUGGGUUUCUUCCUGACCGGCUACCUCCCCUUGGGGUUUGAGUUUGCUGUUGAGAUCACGUACCCGGAGCCUGAAGGCACCUCGUCUGGGCUUCUCAAUGCUGCGGCCCAGAUAUUUGGGAUUUUGUUCACCUUGGCUCAAGGAAAGCUCACGGUGGACUACUGCCCCAUGGCAGGCAACAUCUUCCUCUGUGUCUGGAUAUUCGUGGGCAUCAUCCUGACGGCGCUGAUCAAGUCUGACCUGAGAAGACACAACGUGAACAUAGGAGUCACGAAUGGCGACGUGAAAGCUGUCCCGGUCGACAGCCCCACAGAUCAAGAAUCCAAAACCAUCCUGACACCCACACAGUUAGAAUCGGCAAUUUGAGGGGAAAGAGGAUGUUACCGAUGUGUGAAAGCGGAGCAGGAAGGUCUUGGAGCUGAACACUUACUGGACACUUACUGGAUGAGCCCUGAAUGCAAACACUGUUUGGCUUAGUUGUUAAUUUAAGCAAUAUUUUGCAGCCAUCACCUACACACUACCAUUCUCUUGGUGCCUGUUGUGUUUUAUAUUUUUUAUUUGAGAGUAUGCUACUUGAUACCUAUUUUUCAGAAGUGUUUCUCUUUUUUAUAGAAAAUGGAAGCAUAAAACACUUUCUAAAACAGUAAGGCAGUCUAGUCCCUAUAAGUACAUAGUUUAGAUAUAAAAAUAUGCAGGGAACCGAGUACGUGUAUCCCUCCUUGGCCCCUGGUCCGUCUUCUGACCUCCUGCCAGGCCCCUGGGUGACAGCCACACUCCCCACCCCAGCACAGCCUUGGGAUGAGACUUGCAAGGACCUCGAAGUUUCAUCCACUUCUCACACAUUGUUGUGUGGUGCCUGGCACAGGUUGGACCCUCAGUUUUGAUCUUGGACAUAUGUCCUGCCCAGGCAUAGUAGCAUGUCCCAGUUUGCCAUGUGGCCUGUCGUGGUAUUUUUUCACUGUGACUGAAAUUAGAGUGCUUUUGUACCCAUUGCCUUUUUUAUUCUUUUUUUCAACAUAUAACUUCCUAGUAAGAAAACCCUAUUUGAUAUGUUUCUGGCUUUCUCGUGAUCUUGGUCAAAUCUCAUCCUUUGGCCUGGAAAUGUCCUGAGAGCCUGAAAUCCGCAGUGAUGCCACUGGGCCAGGACUUCCCCCUGCCCCGUCUGUCCUCGUUCUGUUCUGCAGUGUCACUCCUUGACCUUGUCCUGCAAGUAAGACACCCAGGCGGGACUCUUUCUGGAGCUUCCGCGGGCUGCUCAGAUCUGCUCUUGUGUGCACUCAGGUGGGGAGAUGAGAACCAGCUAUGUCCCUGCACCCACCACCACACUCUGUCUGCAGAGGGGGGGUGUGUCUGUCCACACUUCCACUGAUGUGGGUAGAAGGGUGAUGAUGUCAGAUCAGCUGGUUCAUACUGGGCCCCUUAAACCAAAAAAAGCCAAUCAUGAAUACUCUUGAAUAUCCUUGUAGUAAAUUAGCAAUUCUGAUUUGAGCUCUGUCUGCAUUGAUUUAUAUGCAAAUUUAACAUUUUCUGCCAUGAAUUAUGUAGCCUGACCUGGGAGAACCUGUUAGCAGAAGGAAGCUGGGAUCAAGUCUGGGUCUAGAUCAGUCUCUGCCACCCGGGGAACCCUGCUCAGCGUUUCUUCAUCCGUGUGAUGAACGUAGUCAGUCUCCCAGAGCCUCUUUGAAUCUCAAAUGCUUUCUUGUGGGGUAGACCAAAUCUUUGUACUACAGGGACUUGAGUCCAGCUCAUGAAACACUUGGAUAAACACUAUGGUUUUCACUUUAGACACAGAGAUGCCCCAAAUCUGGAGCCUGUUUAUUUUAUUGGUGAUAAUUCAGGCAGAACUACUAACCAGAUCGCCUACUUCCUUAUUUAUUCGCAUUGCAGGUUUUAUGGCCAAAAAUGUGUUUUAAAAUCCUUCCUCCAAAUAAUUGUUUAUAUUUUUUACUGUUAAUAUUAUUUAAAAGAAUCAUGUAUCUCUUAAGUUCCUAAGUUUUGAAUAAAGCACAGAUAAAAGUUGGAAUUCAUUUCUGAAAAGCAUGUGAGUGCAUAUUUAUUUCAGGUGUUUUUCUAAUUGAUCAGAUAAUGGUUGAAACACAAAAUGAAUUGAUAACCUUUGAGUUUUGAGUUUAAGUUGUCUGUGAUAUGUCAAAAAAGUCUGUUAUAUCUUUGGAAUGUGGAGUGUUUAACCAUUUUUAUGUAAAUCUUAAUAAGUGAUUUUAGAAAGAAACUGGGUGUUUGCAAAAGCUGUUGAAUUCAUAAAUGGGAAAAUAUGGCUUUUGCUUUCUGUGAAUGUUGUAGAAAUGUUUUAAAAAUGUUUAUGUGUAAACCAGAGUGUUGCCGGAGAAUUCUUGUCUGUCUUAAGUCACUCUAAAUUUUGCUUUUUGUACUGUCUGUGUGCUUGUUCUUCAGUAUUUCAACUUGAAAUAAAUUUAUUUUUUU